AUGUCGGCCUCAACCAAGGUCCCGACUUCACCUCCUGUUUCCAUUUCGGGAUCGGGGUUAGAAGCACCCCCAGGCGUAACUGACGGGAAUCAGCAACUUCAAACCGUCACGGCUCCCGCGCCAGGUCUGGAUUUGACCUUCCAGGGUGCCCGCUCGGACAAAAGCAUGGCUGAUGCCAUUGAUGCCACGCGGGGUGUAGCACCUCUCGUCAAGCAGCCAGCUGCUCCCCUCCGGGGAAUCCUUCCCGGCGAAAUUGAGUUUCAGCAGGCGUUCUGGCGUCAGAUGUUGCAGCUGGAGGCUGACCAGCCUAAUAAUCGCGUCAGUGCUGCUCAUCAUAGUCUUCUCGCCAUCACCCAUGGCUUCUCUGCCUCCCAGCAGCGUUUUCAACGGGAGCUCUAUCAGCUGAUUGGUGUCGUCGAGCGAUCUGUUCAGGAGAUUUCUGGUUGCCGGCAGGAGAACGCAGAACUUCGAGGGGAGAUGGUGACACUGCGUAAGCAGGUCGCCACCCUGACCGAGAGUUUCCUCAACCUUGCCGACCUUUUCACCCGCAAGCACCGUGCUCGGUUCAAUUUCCACCCCAUUUUCUCGACUCCGGAAGAGAUAAUGCGCCAGUCUGCCCUCAUGAGGUCGAAGUGGACGGAGGAACAUAUGAAGCCGAUCCUGGAGAUUCUCAACAGCCACUUCGGCGUGGGCUGGAUCGACUUUUACCGAAGAGUCUAUCGCUUUGAGCGGAACAUGGCCUGCUCCAACGCGGCCGUCGAUGUCGCAGUCCGAACGGCCGAGGCUGCGAUUGCUGCCCGUUCUGCCGCUGGUGCCAUCGUUGGAAAUGCUGUUGAAGCGUCAUCGUCGACGACACUCCCUGCUCCUCAGACUGUACACUGCGCUGCUGGACCAGCUCCCGUGACAGGCACGCCGGAGGCAGGUGCCGCUGCCUUGCCAACGGCUGCGGGCGAGGCUGAAAAAACCAGACGUCAGGGAAAGAGCCCGAUCCAUGAUCAUGGUCUUCCUCAAGCUUCAGAGUGGCGCUCACGAGCUGCGAAUAGGACUUCGCUUCCCAACUCGCGUCUCGAAGGACGGCGGGCUCUGGGGUCGGGACAAGGCGCUCGACCAUCAUCUCCGACCACCAACGACUUCCACACGAGCGGAGAAUACAGCCAUAAGAGGAGACUCACAGUCUCUCAGCAGUCUCAAGCGGAGCCGCCCCAGAAGCUGACUCGCCAAGGCGAAGGACGCAGAUGGGCCAUCACCGUGUCCGGCCCGAAGACGCUUACCGCCAUCGCUCGUGGCGGCGAGCGAUGUUCGACCAUGCAGCUCCGCGCCGUCAGGUCGGAGAGCGACGGCCAGGAUUCCGCGUCGGUCUUGGUCUCUACCGUCCUCGACGAGAACAAUGCUAGAACUGAAACCUGGGGCCUGCCUAGCCAAGUCAGCGACUUCGAUGGCUCCGACACCGAGGUGGAAUCCGGCAACGAGGCCGACACCGAGGUUGACUCUGGCAGUGAAGUUGACACCGCACCAUCCAAUAAUCGUAGAGUCCUAUAUAGUGGCCAAGGCGCCUGCCCACGGCCACCCUCCGUCACGUUGCUACGCUUCACCAAACCUGCCCCGGAAGGACCUCGGAACACUGGCGGACCUCCCGGACGACCCUUCUCCCGGCCUUUCAUCUUCCACCCUAUCGGCAGGACGGCUGGCCAUGUCUGGCAGACAUGGAUGGUGGGUUCCCACGGCCAUCCUAGCGUGCACUCUCUCAAGGAGGCAUAG